UGUUGUAUUAUACUCAUUUUUUAUUUUUAAACAAUUAUACAAGCACAAACGCUAGCUUAAGUAAUUGCAUUGCUGGUAUUUAUGAAUAAUUAUUCCUAUACUUACUUUACCAAGCCAUCAAUUCCGGCAAAUACCUACCUGCAUUGGUCAACUGAUCGAGGAUUUCCACCUUGCCCUGACCUCCACCGCCGUCGACAUUAAUUGGCGAGAUGAGAAGGAGCCAAGGAAAGUGGAAUUAGGAGCUGGAUUGAUUGAUCUAAAUACUAUGUUAUUUUUUAAGAAUUUUAUGUCUACUUUCCCUCAGCUCCAUUCUUUUGGUGGUUGAGCUAUAUCUAUCCCAUCUUGGAACUACUCCUCAUUAAUAUCAAUACCAUCGUCGGUCCAACAUCAUUUCUUGCGGACAUUAAACUCAUUAAUCUCAGUCGUCCCCUUCUCUGAUUAUUAAGCUCUCAUAUAUAUAUCCCACCCUGCGGCCUAGCUCUCCCUAAUCACUCUUCACCCUCACACCCCCACCUAAAUAUUUCUGCCGUGUUGGGCUUCUCCCCAUUUCAGGAUUUGUUAAUUCUUAAAUCUAGCUUCGACCCUUUUAAAUAAUUAUAUAUACAAUCCCUUACCCCCCUUCUUUCCUAUCAGCACCAACAAGUACAGAGAGAGAGAGAGAGAGGCAGAGAGAGAGAUGGCGAGAAUAGAUAUGGGAGAGGAGAGAUUGACGGCAGAGAUGGCGUUUAAAGACUCGUCGUCCGUCGUUAUCAAGAUCAAGCAAAGGUUGCCGGACUUUCUACAGUCCGUGAAGCUCAAGUAUGUGAAGUUGGGUUAUGGGUACUCGUGCAACCCGGCCACCAUCCUCACGUUCCUUGUCGUUUUACCUCUGUUCGUGGCCACCGUGGUUCAGCUUAGCGGUCUGAGACUCGCCCGAGUUUACGAACUGUGGAUGAGUCGAGGCAUUCCUCUCGAUGCAGCGACCGGCAUAACCGGCCUGGCCGUGCUGCUCAUCCUCGUCGGCGUCUACCUGGCCAGGCGGUCCAGACCGGUUUACCUCGUCGACUUCGCAUGUUACAAGCCGGAAGACGAGCGGAAGAUGUCCAACGACUCCUUCCUAACGAUGACGGAAGAAAGCGGCGCUUUUGAGGAGGAAACAGUUCAGUUCCAACGACGGAUCACGAAGCGGUCCGGUCUAGGCGACGAGACCUACCUUCCAAGUGGAAUUACGUCGAGGCCCCCCAAUUUGUGCAUGCAGGAAGCCCGGUCCGAGGCCGAGUCAGUCAUGUUUGGCGCGCUCGACUCGCUCUUCGACAAAACAGGUAUUCGACCCGAAGAUGUAGGGAUCCUAAUCGUGAACUGCAGCUUAUUCAAUCCCACCCCGUCUCUCUCCUCCAUGAUCGUGAACCACUACAAGCUUCGACCGGACAUCAAGAGCAUCAAUCUGGGCGGAAUGGGUUGUUCCGCGGGUCUUAUAUCCAUAGACCUCGCCCGACACCUCCUUCAGGCAAACCCCAACACUUACGCGGUUGUGGUAAGCACCGAAAAUAUCACGCUUAAUUGGUACUUUGGUAAUGACCGGUCCAUGCUUCUCUGCAACUGCAUAUUUCGAAUGGGCGGCGCCGCCGUGCUCUUAUCGAACAAGACCUGGGACCGGGUCUGGUCCAAAUACGAGCUGGUUCACACGGUUCGAACUCAUAAAGGAGCCGACGACAACAGCCACAACUGCAUCUACCAAAGAGAGGACGAUAAAGGAACCGUCGGUGUUUCCCUUGCCCGGGAACUAAUGGCGGUCGCCGGCGACGCCUUGAAGACGAAUAUAACCACUUUAGGUCCAUCGGUUUUGCCGUUCUCCGAGCAGUUCAUGUUCUUUGUGAGUCUCGUGCGGAGGAAGGUGAUGAAGGCGAAGGUGAAGCCAUACAUUCCGGACUUCAAGCUUGCGUUUGAGCAUUUCUGUAUCCACGCGGGGGGGAGGGCGGUGCUGGACGAGUUGCAGAAGAACCUGCAACUCAGUGAGUGGCAUAUGGAGCCGUCGAGAAUGACUCUGCACCGGUUCGGGAACACGUCGAGCAGCUCGUUGUGGUACGAGCUGGCGUAUACGGAGGCAAAAGGACGAGUUUCGAGAGGGGACCGGGUCUGGCAGAUCGCGUUUGGAUCGGGGUUCAAGUGUAACAGCGCGGUUUGGAGAGCAUUGAAGGCGAUUCCGGCGGGAGAGUGCCGAGGCAACCCGUGGGCUGACUCGGUUCACCGGUACCCGGUCAUGAUUCCCGCCGCCUAGGAUGUUUGCGUGUGGCGGUUUUUAUGGAUCGGUGGGCACGCCAUGAUCAACUGUGAAUGGAAGGGAAACGCGUUUGCUGCCGCAUUGCUGUGGCGUGCGUCGGCCAUUAAUUCCGAGAGCUGAUCUCUGGAAACAUCCUCAACCCUUAUAAUUUUGGAAGCAGGUGAAGAGAGUUAUGCUCAAGGAGAUGGUAUCAAGCUGUGUAGUUUAGAUCUGAUAAAUUUAUAUAUAUAUAUAUAUAUAUAUAUAUAUGUGUGUGUGUGUGUGUGUGUGUGUGUGUGUGUGUGUGUGUGUAAAAGAUAAUCUUGUUUAGAAUUGGGUUAUUGGUUAGAUUCUUAUUGGACUCAGAUAGCAUAGAUGAUUAUAUAUGUUUCGAAUUGUAUUGCAAAAAUUAAGUCAUCCAUGCAUGUUCAACUAGUUUUAGAAAAUAGCAAUGUAUUUUCUGCGUGAGACUUGUAGUGAGGAAAAUUUGUGACAGAUGUUGAAUUACAAACUUGUGUUAAGAUGGAAUAAAUAUUAUGUGGCAGAAUUAUUGUUGGUGGACAA